AUGGACAUCGGUGGUCGCCCCUCGGCAUCCGCUGAUCUGCGAAGCCGGCCAGCACUGUCUGUACGGACUAAGGCGAGAGCACCAGCCGCCGACACCGAUGAACGGACGGCCUCGGAGGAGGAGCCUGUGAGCCCGACUGCGAGACUCAUGGAAGACGUAUACGUCGUCGUCACCAUCGGCCUCGGCUCGCCCAUAAACGUACCCGCAUUCACCGCCGGCGUCGCCAACCUAAUCUCCCCCUAUCCACGCUUCCACUGCAUUCAGGUGACCGAGGGUGGCAACCGGCGGUGGGCACGCGUGAAGGUGAACGUGGACGAGCACAUCGUCGUGCCGGAGCUGGAUCCCGUCGCCGUGGCCGCUAACCCGGACCGGGCCGUGGAGGACUACGUGGCGUCGCUGUCCGUGUACCCGAUGGACCCUUCCCGUCCGCGCUGGGAGUUUCACCUCCUCGACUUCCCGACCUCCGAGCCCGGGGUGGUCUCCACCGUGGCGAUCCGCGCGCACCACUCCCUGGGCGACGGCGUGUCGCUCAUGGUACUCCUCCUGGCGUCCGCGCGGAGCGCUGCCGACCCGACGAGCCUGCCGGUCAUGCCGCAACAGUCCGUGCGUACGGGCGCCAUCUACGCGCGGCAGCCGCGGCAUGCCGGCGCCCUGGCGCGGGUCUGGUCCUGGUUCGUGCUCAUGUGGCACACCAUGGUGGAUCUUUGCUUCUUCGCCGCGACGAUUUUGUUUCUCAGAGACCCGCACACGGUAUUCAAGCCUGCGGCCGACGGCGGCGAUGAUGAUGGUGAUGGUGUGUUCCACCACCACAACCGCCGUUUUGUGCAUCGAAGCCUUAGCCUUGACGACGUCAAGUUCGUCAAGAAUGCCAUGAACUGCACUGUAAAUGACGUGCUACUCGGAGUAGCUUCUGCCGCUUUAUCUCGAUAUUACUUUCGCAAGUCUGGUGACAUUAACACCAAGGAAAUAUGUCUUCGAUCAGUCCUUGGUGUCAAUAUAAGGCCAACAACUAGCCUACAAACAUAUGUUAAUAUGAUCAAAUCUGAUAAGAGUAAUGAGGUGGCAUGGGGAAAUCAACUAGGUCAGAUCCUCUUGAAGAUUCAUUUAGCCAUGCACGAUGAUCCACUUGCAUACGUUCGCAAGGCAAAGGAGACCAUGGAUAGGAAAAAGAGCUCACUCGAAGUGGUGUUCACACAUAAGACAAGUGAAUGUUUCCUCAAAAUGUUUGGUCCAAAGGCUCUGAUUGUGCACUACCAAAGUUACAAUAGCAUUAUGAAGGUAAUCUUAUCAGUCGAUGAGAAAACAAUUCCAGAUUAUCAUCAACUUCUGGAUGACUUCUCUUUAUCUUUUGAGCAUAUUAUGGAUGCGACUUCGAGACUUUUGGCAUCCAUCAAGAAAGAGUAA